AUGACGGCUUGACGUUGACUUGACUUAUUGAGGCGUUGUGUUAGGAGGUCAACAGAUUUGACGGGAGAAACAAGUCGAUUGGUCAGCUGGCUUGUUUUGCAACUUUUCUUAAUUUCCCCUUUGAUCAAAGUUGGCUUCUUGCAUCACAAACCGAUAAUGUGGGAGUUGGAAUUGAUGGUGCAGAGAAGCGUCAGCUGCAAACUUUCCACUUUCCUUCUCCAUCUCCUCCUUGCUGGCUUCAUCUCCCCCACUAUCGAAGCCGGCAACUCCUUGAUUCCAGGUCAACCUCUUUACGACAACGGAACAACUUUGAUCUCCUCGAGGGGCCGCUUCGAACUGGGGUUUUUCAGCCCAGCCAGCUCCAGCCGUCGCUACAUCGGAAUAUGGUACCGCAACAUCUCACAAACACCCGUGUGGGUCGCCAAUCGUUUGAGCCCGAUCGAUGGUCGAUCAGGACGCCUUUCGCUCUCUGGGGAAGGCACGCUCAUCGUAACGGCCGUUAAUAGCUCGACCAUCAACUGGUCCUCGUCAAACGUAACCGGACUCACGAACCCCGAAGCGACACUCUUCGACGACGGGAACUUCGCCGUCAGGGAGGCGGGCAACGAUGACCCCGACAGCUUUGCAUGGCAGAGCUUUGACUUUCCGACCGACACGCUCCUCCCCGGCAUGAAACUGGGCUGGAACGUGACCUCCGGACUCAACCGCCAACUGACAUCAUGGACGAGCGCCGACGACCCGUGGCCAGGUGACUACACCUUGGGCAUCGACCUGCAAGGUGACCCACAACUGUUCAUAUGGUCUAGAUUGCAGCAGCAGCCAUAUUGGCGAGGGGGCCCGUGGAACGGCCUUCAUUUUAGUGGUGCACUAGGAAUGGUCGAUCCAAAACUUUUCAACGCAACGUUUGUGGUUGACCCUCAUCAAGUCGUUUACUCAUUCAACCUUCUCGAUCCUUCGCCCAUCUCAGUGUUGGUCGUCUACCGCUGGGGUUCCUUACGACGUCUUGUUUGGAACGGUGGCUCAGGGGAUUGGUCUGUUGUCUGGUCCGUGCCGAUGGAUUCGUGCGACACGAUGUCUGUCUGCGGCGUCAAUGCCGUCUGCGGUGUCAAUGCUCUACGUAUGUGUAGUUGUCUAUCAGGUUUUCUUGUAAAUAACGUAUCGUCUUGGAAUCCAUCGAAUUCUUAUGGUUGUUCGAGAAUGUCUCCACUGGACUGUGGGAAUGGGACAGAUGCGUUCUUUAAAUUCUCCAGGUCGAAGCUACCGGACACAUCAAUGUCGGUGGUGGACAGAAGAUCGAUGAGCCUAGACCAGUGCAGGGAGUCAUGCAUGAAGAAUUGCUCUUGUAAAGCCUAUGCAAGCUCCGACAUCAGUGAAAGUGAGAGCGGAUGCAUAAUGUGGAUGGGCGAUAUCACUGAUCUCAGAUUGUACGGCGAUACUGGAGGAGGACAAGAUUUGUAUGUCAGGCUGGCGGCUUUUGAGCUUGAAGAUGAGAUUUCAAAUCAGUCAUCUGGAAUGAGUCGCUUAGCUGUGAUGAUUGCGGUCCCUGCUUUGGCCAUUUUUCUCCUAGUUGGCAUUGCAUUCUGUGUUUGCAGAUGCAGGAAGAGAAACAACUGCGUUGUUGUUAAAGAAAUAGAAGAAGAGGAUCUGGACUUGCCUUUAUUUGACUUGGACACCGUUUUAAUUGCAACAAGCAAUUUUGCAGCAGAGAACAAGCUGGGUCAAGGUGGAUUUGGUCCUGUGUACAAGGGGAAAUUGGUUGAUGGACAAGAGAUAGCUGUAAAAAGACUAUCCAAUACAUCCACACAAGGCAUCAAUGAGUUCAAAAAUGAAGUAGUGAUAAUCGCUAAGCUACAACAUCAAAACCUUGUUCGCCUUCUUGGUUGUUGCAUUCAAGGAGGGGAGAGGAUGUUAAUCUACGAGUUUAUGCCCAACGGAAGUUUAGAUGCAUUCUUGUUCGAUGAAGCAAAGUGCAUGCUAUUGGAUUGGCAAACGCGAUACAAUAUCAUAGUUGGAAUUGCUCGAGGCCUUCUUUAUCUCCAUCACGAUUCAAGACUCAAAAUCAUUCAUAGGGAUUUGAAGACUAGUAAUAUCCUUCUUGACCAAUGCAACAUUCCUAAAAUAUCAGAUUUCGGCUUGGCAAGGAUAUUUAGAGGUGAUGAAAUGGAAAUAAAUACAAGAAGAGUAGUUGGAACAUACGGGUAUAUGUCUCCUGAAUAUGGAAUGAAUGGAAUUUUCUCAAUAAAGUCGGAUGUAUUUAGUUUCGGUGUGUUGAUACUUGAGAUCAUAAGUGGAAAAAAGAACAGAGGAGCUUAUCAAUCCAACUACCUAAAUCUUCUAGGACAUAUAUGGAGCUUGUGGGAAGAAGGUAAAAGCUUGGAAAUCGUUGAUAAAUCAAUUGGUUCUUUCUUAGAAGUUGAGGUCACACGGUGUAUAAAGAUAGGUCUUUUAUGUGUUCAAGAGCUACCACAAGAUAGACCGACAAUGUCAUUGGUAGUUACAAUGUUGAGUAGUGAUAGCGCGAUACCAGAACCUAAACAACCUGGUUUCAUUGUUGCUUUAGACUCAUCUAAUUCUUCAAUCAGAAAGCAAUAUCUGCUAUCCAUCAACAAUGUAUCCAACACAACAUUAGAAGGUAGGUAAGGUAUGAAAAGUGGAAUGUUGUGGUAACAAUUAAAAUAGUUAUUUUGUUAGAAUUAUCUGUGGAGUGUGAUUUAUUUAUCUAACUAAUCAGGACAAUUGAUUGUGCAUGAAGAAUUGUUCACGAAACUUGUCAGCUUGAAUCCUGCAAGCACAGAGAAAAUGAUAAUGUUGUAUCAUGUGGAUCAGAAUUUAGUAAGGAUAUCAUUUGGUUGAAUUGGGCAAAGGAUGAUAAUGUUCUAUUAUCAUGUGAUAGUCAUAUUGUUAUGCAUGAAAGUAUACUAUUGGAAGAACAUGAAAACUCUCUUAUAUUAUCUUAAUUUUUAUUGUAACAUUCUCUGUUUUUUUUUCCUUCUCUAUGCCUCUAUUCCACAGCAGUAUGAUAAUAAUGUUAUUAUAUUAA